GGGGCGGAAGUGCCGUAUGAUACCGCCGGCGGUGAUGGCUACCGUUCGGCCGGCGUUGCGGGUCUGCUCCGUGUUCGAGGCCUCGGGCCUGAGCCCGGGGCUGCGGCCGGCGGAGAAGGCAGGGGCACCGGGACCGGCAGAGGACACUGCAGGCAAGGUGAGGACCGUCAGGGAACCGGCUCUGCCAGAGAUCUCCGACAGGAUGUCCUGCUCAGCUUGUGGCUGCAGCUUUGAGAGCCGAGAGGAGCAGACUGAACACUACAGGCUGGACUGGCACAGGUUCAACUUGAGACGACGACUUAUAGGAGCCCAGUCGGUGUCUGCAGAGAACUUUGAAACAAUAGCGGGUGAUAUCUCCAGUAUAUCUGGCUCUGAUUCGGAGGAGUUGGAUUUCCACUCCGAGCCUGAGGGACUGUGUCACCACUCGCUGGAUGUUUCUGACCCAGGGAGCGGGAUAUCGUCCUGCGAAGAGAAGCCUCGGGGUCGCCUCAGCACUCGUGUCCUCUUUAGGACGGCAGAGGGCGAGCUCCUCUCCGUGUACCGCUGUGUCCUGCAGGGAAAGCAGAUAACCAGGGAGGACGAGGACAGCAACAUCCUGGCUUCCCUCCUCAGCCUCACUCCCGAGACGAUAUGGGUCAUCCUCAUGGCAGGUGGCGGGCAUUUUGCUGGAGCGGUGUUCCGGGGGGAUGUCGUCAUCCAGCACAAGACGUUCCACCGAUAUACCGUCCGUGCUAAACGCGGCACUGCCCAGGGAGCGUGGGACGGACAGAAUCGAAACCAUGCGCCCAAGUCAGCGGGAGCCUCCCUCCGCCGUCACAACGAAGCUGCACUCGUAAAGGAUAUUGAAGAUUUACUCUUGGUUUGGACUGAGUACCUGCAGGCAGCCAGCGCCAUCUUCCUCCGAGCUCCCAGUCACAACAGAGGCAUCUUCCUCAGUGGUAAAGUGCCUGCUGUAAACCGCGGGGACAGCCGACUGCGAUCCAUCCCCUUUAGCACCCGCAGGGCCACCUUCAAAGAAGUGAAGCGGGUGCACGCGGCUCUUUCCACCAUGGAGAUCUACGCAGCCGACACGGAUUUCACAACAAUCCACAGUCCACAGAGGAGAGUGUGGAAGAAGCAGUCAAAAUCGGCCGAGGAUGCCCUGUCUUCUGACAGAGACGAGUGCGUGGACGUGGAUAUCGACCCCUCUGAUCUACCAACUGCCCUUGAAGUGGUUGAAGAAACACUAGGAACCUUGGACCUCCGGGAAUUCGAAGUGUCACCAAAAAAGAAACGGGGAAAGAAAAAGAAGAAAGCUUCUGUGGAGAGGGGGAUUCAUCAAGAAGAUGCAGCUCCUGAGAUAAUCACAGAGACCGACUCACUGCCAACCAGAGAGAAGGUCAAGGGAAAGACACAACGAGACGUUACUGAAGUGGUUCCAGCUGAUGCAGCAGGGGAAGUGCAGAACGAUUUGUACACGGCCUGCAGGACUGGAGAUGUGGAACGGCUGCAAAAUUACCUCCGUCAUCUGCUUCCGGCUCAUAUUCUGGAGCCCGGCUGCUCCAACCCAACACCAGAUGACAAAUGCAACCAGGAGCAGACACCAGAUGACAGAUGCCACCAGGAGCAGACACCAAACUGUGGACAAAACCAGGAGCAGACAUCGGACAGCGAACAGACCCAACAGCAGACAUCAGGCAAUGGGGCCGGACCCAGUGGGGCCACAGUUGUGAUGUGGAGGACCCUGGGGGACGGGGGUCUCUGUCCAGGGCCUGUGACAACAGAUAUACUAAAUGAUCCGGUGGAUGAGUCUGGAUUCACUCUGCUCCAUGUAGCUGCAGCAGCUGCUCAGGGCUCAGUCCUACAUCUGCUGCUAGAUGCCGGCUGUGACCCUGCCUGCAGGGAUAAGCGAGGGCGCCCGGCAUACGCCGUAUCUGCAGACAGGGACACGAGGAAUGAGUUCCGCAGGUAUAUGGCCAACCACCCCGGGCGAUACGACUACGCAAAAGCACAGAUUUCUACACCGCUAACGUGUGAACUGGAGGAACGGAAAGCUGCUAAGAAGCGAGCGCAGAAAACCGCCAGGAAACUGAGGGAGAAGGAACGGAGGGAAGAGAAGAAGAGACUGGAGGAGGAAGAAAUGGAGAGGAAAAUGUUCUUGGCAUUGAGUGAGCGAGAGAAGAGAGCUUUGGCUGCAGAGAAACGCUUCGCUCAGCAGAUGGUCAGCAAUGGAGCAGUCCCAGUCAUCAGCAGGCGCUGUUGGCUGUGUGGCCGGUCUCUGGCAGGACGCGUUCCCUUCGAGUAUCUCGACUACAGUUUCUGCACCACCCGCUGCCUUCAGGAGCACAGGAGGCAGCAAAGACUUUGAGAGGGAGAGAGAUCAGCGGCACCUGCUGGAAGAGGCAUCUCCAAUUACAACACUUGGUGUGAGGUCUGCUCCUGUAGAGGCGCUUACCAAGAUCCCCCAUAACUGAGGAAAGGUGGAUCUGCGUGGCAUGGAUCAGCAAUGGAGCUCCAUGCUGAGGCCAUGGGGGGUAGAGCUCCAUGGUGGAGCUCACUGGAGGGGUGGAGCUCCAACCCAGGUCUGUUUGGAGGGGGCAGAGCUCCACGCUGUGGACAGAGCUGGUAAUGGAACUCUGGGCUGUACUAUUCCCCCUACGUGGUAGUUGCAGAGUUGUACCCAGGAGAUGGGACAGGUGCUAUUAGGGAGAUUUCCCAGACCUGACGCUGAUGCUGGUCCCUAGGGCUGUGCGCUGGUUGCUGUCUGUAAGACUGCCCAUGUCCUUCACUGGUAAUAAAUGGCCUGAGGGUGUGAAUGGUGCUAUAAAAAUGCAGAUGUUUAAUAAAGUUACUUCAUUUACUGAAAGCUGUACAGUGCCACA